CAGCCUUUCCUGAGCUUGUAUGCCUAUCAGAUCUCUUCAGAGCAGCAAUACAGUUUGCAACUGCUCUGACCUCAGUUCGGAACUGGGCAUCACAGCAACAGUGACAUAAGAGGUUCAACCAUGACUUCAACAAUGUCAAAGACAACAACCAGAACUACAACGAUCACCACUGAGCACUCCACUGAAUCGGGGAUGACCAGGGUGAAAAAAGUGAGCCAGGUGACGAAAAUCACAUCCGAGGAAGAGGCAGACCGCGUACAAAGGAAACCGUCGAUCACCCUUCAGUCACUAAAUGUUGUCACGCGGUCUUUUGAGAUCCCUGCAGGAGAAAGCAUCCCUGAGUUUGAUGAAAAGCCAAACUCUUCUGUUGUACAAGAAGGCAAAGACGUAAUUUUUAAAGCCAAGGUGUCUGGGAACCCCAAACCCACUGUAACAUGGAAGAGAGGAAGUGGAAAGCCAAUCAAAGAAGGAGCAAAGAUUUUCUUUGACACCAUCUUGAAGGAGAAUGUUCUUAAGUUGGACCAUGUCACUCCAGAUGAUGAGGAUGCCUACAAAUGCAUUGCUUCCAACACUCAUGCUGACUGCACAUACACUGUUUCAUUGAUGGUGACUGAGUGUCAAGAGAAACAAUUGAACUUUCGGACAAUGUUGAAAAAAAGGUCAGCACCAGCUCCGAAGGAAGAAAGGAAAGUUCCAGAUGAAAAGGAGAUGUGGGAGAUCUUAAUGAAAGCCGAUAAGAAGGAUUAUGAGAAAAUUUGCAUGCAGUAUGGCUUCACUGACUUCAGAGGAAUGCUGAAGCGCUUAAAGGAAAUGAAGAAAAAAGUAGAGACUGAGGCAGUAAAGGUUUUAAAGCCAUUGGAGGACCUGGAAGGCAAAGUCGACUCAACAGUUACCUUUGAUACAGUUUUGGAAUUGAAGGAUCCUAACAUGAAGAUGCAGUGGUUCAAGGAUGGCGAGCCAUUAAGAACACAAUUCUCAUUGGGGAAGUUUGAAAUUAAACAAAUGGGAACCAAGUUUAUGCUUUCUGUGAAGAACUUAACCCAGAAAGAUGCUGGCCAAUACACCCUGGUAGUAGGAGAUAAAAAAUUCACUGUGGGACUGAAAGUGAAAGAUGAGCCACUUAGGUUUGGGGUGGAACUCAAACCUAUAAAGGUGGUGGAGAGACAAACAGGAACCUUUGAGUGCCGCCUCACUAAGAAGGUACCGAGUGUCUGCUGGAAAUUCCGAGGUGUUGAGGUGAAGCGAGAUGACAAGCAUGACAUCAUUGUGUCAGAGGACGGACUGACCCAUACCUUGAAAAUCAAAGAUGUGCGACCAUGUGAUGUUGGCGAAUACAGUUUUUCUGCAGAUAGCCUAACCUCCAAAUCACAACUGCAGAUAGCCCGACUCCCUAUCCAGUUCCCAAGUGCCUUGAAGAAUGUACAUGUAAAGGAAAAAGGCAAAGCUAGACUGGAAUGUGAACUGAGCUCCAAAGAUGUCCGAAUCAAGUGGUUAAAGAAUGGCAAAGAGAUCACCAGGUCCCCAAAGUACAAUAUGAUGCGGGAAGGAAGACGGGUUGAGCUGAUUAUUGAUGAUGCUGAGCUUGAAGACAGUGGGGAGUACACAGUUGUUGCCAUGCAAGACAAUGAUGAUCGAGAGUACACCUGUGCCUGCACAUUGAAUGUUCAAGACCGGUUUGCCACAGUUAAGAGUGGAAUGUCUGAUGCCCACCCUCAGACAGGCCAACCUGCAGAAUUCUGUGUGGUACUAAAUGAUGAGAAAGUUGAUGGAGUGUGGCUGAAGGAUGGGAAAGAGAUUACAGACACAAAAAACAUACAGAUUGUGAAACAAGGAGCAGUGCACAAACUGAUCAUCAAUAGUGCGGAUGAUGAGAGUGAAGGAAAGUAUACAUUCAAAGCAAAAGGAGCAGAGAGUGAGGCAGUACUGUCCAUUGCAGAUCCGCCAGUUAUCGAUCCUGAUGUUCUGUCCAUGUUGGCCAAGGACCCAAUCACUGUCAAGGCAGGACAGACAGCAACUAUUAAGAUCCCAUUUAAGGGAAAACCCAUUCCUAAAGUGACCUGGGUCAAGGAUGGCCUAGAGGUGUUUGAAGAUGCUAAAACUGAGAUAGAGAAGAGCCCUACACAGACAGUGUUAGUACUAAAACACUGUGUAAGGGAGGACAGUGGGAACAUCACAUUGAAGCUCAAGAGCGACUGUGGCUCAGCCUCAGCUAACCUUCAGCUAAAUGUCAUUGAUCGACCUAAACCUCCUCAAGGAAAAUUGGAAUUCCUGGAACACACAAGGAAGUGUAUCACAAUGAAAUGGAAGGCACCACGUGAUAACGGGGGCAAACAAAUAACGAGCUUCAUCAUUGAGAGGAAACUUGUUGGAAAGAAGUCAUGGAUCAAGGUUGGUGAGGUUGACAGUGACACCACAACUUUUUCCACCAACAAGGUUGAGGAGGGGCAAGCAUACCAGUAUCGAAUCCGAGCAGUGAACAGCGAAGGUGUCAGUGAUCCCCUUGAUUCUGAAGAGGUCUUAGCUGGUGACCCCAUUGAAUCACCUGGAAUGCCAUCUCAACCUCAGGUUACAGAUGUUACUAAGGAGGCAAUCACCAUCACAUGGACUCCACCAGCAAAGGAUGGAGGUGCCCCCUUGCUGGGCUAUAUUGUGGAGAGAAGGAAGAAAGGCAGCAAUCGUUGGAUUCCAGCAACCAAAGAGCCAAUUCAAGACACUAAGUUUACAUCUGAUGGGUUAAUGGAGGAUGUGGAGUAUGAGUUCCGUGUCACAGCCGUUAACCGAGCAGGAGCUGGUGAGCCCAGCACUGCAUCCAAUUCAGUGGUGGCUAAAGACCCCAUCCGUGCUCCAGGAAUGGUGAAGGAUAUCAAAGUGACAGAUUCCACUAACUCGAGCAUUUCUCUAGCCUGGGACAAACCUGACUCAGGUGAUGAGCCUCAAGGAUAUAUCUUAGAGAUGAGGGCUGAAGAUGCCAAAGAAUGGACAAAAUGCAGUAAGAUACCAAUUACCAGCACCCAUUAUACAGUUGGAGGCCUGCAGGAGCGAGGCAAGUACUUCUUCAGAAUCAGAGCUGUAAAUGAAGGAGGUGUGGGUGAACCAACAGAGCUGAUGAAAGGUGUCUAUGCCAUGCCACCUCCAGCUGCUCCUAGGUUUUUGGAUGCCAGAAUGCCAAGCAGCAUGGUGGUCCGUGCAGGUACUGCACUGUGUAUUAACGUGGGCUUCUCGGGCUCACCACCACCAAAUGUGACCUGGCUGAAAGAUGGAACCCCUACCAAAGGCAGGGAGAACAUUACAAAAGGACCGAAUAUGUCCCAGUUCCUGAUCUCCAGUGCGCAGAGAUCUGAUUCAGGGAUAUACAAGAUUAUGCUGAAAAAUGACUAUGGUGAAAAGUAUCAUGAUAUCAGAAUUCGUGUUGCAGAUUUUCCACGGCCUCCCACAAACUUAAACCUGUUUGAGGAAGUUCCAAACACAGUGACCCUCUCUUGGGACCAUACUCCAGAUAACAUAGAGGACGGCCGUGUACAGUAUGUGAUAAUGAAGCGUGAUGCCAGCACUGCAACUUGGUACACUGUCACAGACCGGGUCUUUGGCAAUAAGUACACCGUGACAGGUCUGCUUCCUGGCAGGAAGUAUUUCUUUAGGGUUAUUGCUCGGAACGACAUUGGAGACAGUGACCCGUUGGGUUUGAAGGAGCCAUGGUACAUUGCAAGGGACAAAGAACGUUUCAGCCUCCAACUUAAGGAAUACCAGGAGAAGGACUGGUCCCAUGCCCCUGAGUUUAUCACACCACUGAAGGACCACACAGUUCACCGAGGCAAUGAUUGUACCAUGAGUUGUGCCAUUAUUGGCAAUCCGAGGCCACACAUCACCUGGUAUAAAGGCAAAAUCCUCAUCUCUGAGAAACUUAAAUAUUGGUACACAUCCUCAAAUGGUGUCUGUACACUCACCAUUCCCAGUGCAGAAAUGAAAGAUGCUGAUGAAUACACCAUAAUGGCUGAAAACUCCCUGGGGAAGGCGAAGUGCUCCUGUAAGCUGACUGUUAAUGAAAAAGGAGUUACCAUCAUACAGAAUACUAUUGGAGAAAGUCCACGUAGAAGUAAGCACAUCAUGUGAAUUCAGGCUGGACCUCAACACAUAGUGGUAUAAAUCGAAGCUAGCCAUUGGCUGCCACUGUGAAAGCUGAGUUUCUUAAGAGAGAAGCAAUUAUUUUUGGCAUAAUAAAUUGGGUGAAUGAACAUCA